AUACUUUGCUGUGUACAUGCUGCUCUGACCCUGGGCUGUGUCUAUUUCCUGGAGCCUGCCUGCCUUGCACCACAGGUUUCUAUCAGCCGCUAGCAGGACAGCAGCAGUGUCUGCCCUGCAGCCGGGGCUUCUACACAAAUUUCACUGGAAGUCCAUUAUGUCACCCCUGCCCUGCUGGAUCCUUCAACAAUAACACCGGUUCAGCUUCUUGCACAAGUUGUUCGCCAGGUUCCUUUUCAUUGCAGCAGAGCGCCACUUCAUGUGCACCGUGUGCAUUAGGAACUUUUUGCAACUCCUCUGGUUGUAGUCAGUGCCAGACAUGUCCUGGAGGAACAGAGGCUCUACAGACCGCUGCAAAAGACUGCACACCGUGUCGGCCAGGCAUGCACAAGGCUCCCCAUCAAACAACAUGUCAAAUCUGCGGCAGUGGCUUCUUCCAGAUCCACUGGGGUCAGGAGAGCUGUGAUUUAUGCCCCGAAAAUCACUACUGCCCCAGCCCAGAUGUGAACCCCAUUCAGUGUCCCGGCGAUGCUUUUUGUCCAGAGGGCAGCUUGUCUCCGAGCUACUGCAUGGAGACUUUCUUCCGCAAAGAAGGGGACACUUGUGAAUUGGCUCCUGUCACUAUUGCUCUUUUGGUCAUUGGAGGAGGAG